UUCAACGUCAGACAAAUAUUUUGAAACGCUAAAUAGUUCAAAACACAAUUGCAUGAAACGAGAAAUAUUAUAUGUUUUAUAGAAAAUUGUCCCCUAAGUAUUUAGUUGUGAGUUCCGAUAUAAAAAUACUAUAUUGGAUGUGCGUUUAUUCGGAACUAGAGACUUACAAUGAGCUAUAUUCAAGAAGCCAACGUUUCAAAUAGUUUUUUUCUGUAGAAAGAGCUGCAAAUAGCACGUAAAAUACUGUGGAAUUUUGAACGCACUCAAAAGAACGGAAGAAUAAUUUAUGUACACUCGUAUUAUACCUAAGUGGAUGUACAUCAUUGGAUGAUGCCCCUAUGCAAAAGGACCAGGCUAUGAUACACAAAUUAGAUAGCUUGUGUUUCAACGGAAUCAAUCAAUUUAACAUUUGCAAUUACUCAAGUUCGGGUUCGUCGAUAGCUGAGCCGCAAUGGUGGAGAAGUCCGACCGGGCACCGCUACUGGACUGGGAGGAGGUUCCUCCGGCGGAGAAGCCUGUUCCCACACCAGUACAGGAGAAGGACGUCAAGGGGCCGAGCCCCGCCAAUAGUCGGGCGUCGGGAUGCACUGCGCCGGGGAUAGGGUGGAGCACCAGUCCGGGGGGUCCUGAGUUUUUAACAUCAGCAGUCUCUAGCAUAGACACAUCCCUCUCAUCCAGGAGCACGAUCCCCACCCCUGCGGAAUGGGAUGCUCAGUGUCCCGACAAGGAUGACCAUACCCCGGCCUCGGGACAAGGAGAGGUGCCGCACGACAUCAUGGUGAAAUGGGAAGAAAAGGAUCCGAUCGUGGCCGUGUUUGUGGUUACAUUUGAUACAAGAUCAGGUAACAUGUUAGAGUGGUGUCUGCCAGGGGACAUGAACCUGGAGGGAGUAGAGUUCAAGGCUAUGGCCAGCGGCUCCCACAGAGUCUCCAGCGACUUCAUAUACUUCCGUAAGGGCGGGUACUUUGGCCUGGCGUGCUUUGCCAACAUGGCGGUGGAUAGUGUGGUGGAGAGGGGGGCAAGAAUGAAGUCUGUGGGUAUCCUGUCAACAUCUUACACCCUGCUGUACCGAUACAUGAGCUUCCUGGAACACCAAGUCAGGCUCCAGUUGAAAACUCCUGGCCAGUACUCUCCUCUGGAGGCGUUCUUUGAGGAUAAGAGAUCAGUGCUGCCCCCCGAUGGGGAGAGUGUGGUUACUGCAUGUCCUGGCAGUGCCUGGGGAGCAGCUCUCAACCACUGUAUGCACCCUGAGAUGAAGAUCACCCACCCAGCUGGCUGCAUGUCUCAGUUCAUCCAGUUCUUUGGGGAGCAGAUCAUGGUCCUGUGGAAGUUAGCUCUGCUGAGGAGACGUAUCCUCAUCUUCUCUCCUCCACCUGUGGGCGUGGUCUGUUACAGAGUGUACUGCUGCUGUUGCCUGGCCAACGUGUCCAUCCCGGGGGUGGGCGUGGCCGUGCCAGAGUUCCGCCCCUUCUUCUAUGUCAACGUGGCAGACAUUGAUACCCUGGAUACGGAACUGUCCUACGUAGCGUGCACCACAGAGAAGAUCUUUGAGGAGAAGCGGGACCUGUACGACGUCUAUGUGGAUAACCAGAAUGUGAGGACGACCAGAGAGAGUCUGAAGCCUUUACUGCGGCUCAGCGCAGCAGACAGAGAGAAGUACCGCAAACUCACUGAACAGAGGCAGAUGCUGUUAUAUUCUCAGGAGGAGAAUGGAGACUGUGUGUCCAGUGAAGAGGACCACUUCAUUCUGUUUUUCCUGGAGCAGAAUAACCGUAUCUUCCAGACGCUCAGUGAGGUGGCAGGGAGACCUGAGCCCAUCCUAACCCAGGAGAGUGUGAGGGCCAUGGGGCUAGACCCUCACGGAGACAGGCUCUUCCUGCUCCACCUGCUGGAGACAUACGGCUAUGACAGCCUCCUGGUCACCGAUCACCCUUGCUGCAGCUGAGGCCUGGGUGGCACACUGACUGACCUACAGGAUCCUACACACUCAGACACACAGACUCAAUGCAGACAGUCUGGAGUCUGGACUGAGAGGUCAGAAUAUGUUGGCAAGGCUGAGACAAAGGCCUGUAUUCAUAAAGCGUCUCAGUAGUGCUGAUCUCAGAUCCGUUUAGCCUUUUAGAGCUCACUGAAUAAGACUUACAUGGACAGGGGGGGACCUGAUCCUAGAUUAGCAUUCCUACUCAGAUGCUUUAUGAAUAAGGGAGACCCUCAGGCCAAAAAAAGCAAAUGAAUGGAGAGAGCCACGGAACAAGAAAAGUUCUUGGUUCUUGGUACUGUCCUAUGACAUUCAUGGGUGCUCAAUCUGGACUGUUAACCAUCGCCUUCCUGCCGGUCAAUAAAAUGUACAGUACAGAGGAAUGUCA